AUGAAUUCCGUCACUCAGUUUGUGGCCAAUCUGCCGCAACGGACUCGCCAGAUAUUCACUAUCCUUGGAGCCCUCUUCAUCAUAAUACUGGUCUACUGCAUAGGGAAUAGCGCAUCGACCUACCCACCAACAACAAAGGCAUCAGAUAACCAUGACGUACCUCGUCCGGCCCAGAAGCUUUGGGGGAAAGGGUAUAAAGGGCGUUCCCAGCCUGACGACAUCAACCGAGUCACCAAUGACACGCUCGGGUUUUCAAAGAUCUUCGUCGUCGGCCUGCCAGAGCGGACGGACAAGCGUGAUGCGUUAAGCCUGACGGCGGCCUUGACGGGGUUUCACGUGGACUUUGUCGAGGGAGUCAGGGGGGAAUCGAUCCCCGACAAGGCAGUCCCGCUCGGCAUCGACAGGCACGCGCUCAUGGAGACCAACCUGGGGAGCUGGAGAGGCCACAUGAACGUGAUCCGGAGGAUAGUCGAGGAGGACCUUGAAUCCGCUCUGAUCAUGGAGGACGACAUGGACUGGGACGUCCGGCUGCGCUCCCAACUGGAGGAAGUCGCCAAGGGCUCCCGCGAGCUGCUGGGCCACGGCUCGGACCCGCACUCGCCGUACGGCGACAACUGGGAUGUCCUGUGGAUAGGGCACUGCGGGGAGCCGUUCCCCGAGUUCCUGGAGGAGAACAGGGACAAGCCGCUCGACCACCCGGGGCUCCAGUACAUGAAGCACAAGUACGUCAUCGAGAACGACGAGACCGUCCCGCCGCCGGAGCAUACCACCGGGCUCGUCGACUUCCACGCCUACCCGCACACGAGGUGGGUCCACAUCACCGCCGCGCCCAUCUGCACCUUCGCGUACGCCCUCUCGCAGCAGGGAGCCCGCAAGGUCCUCUUCGACCUGAGCGUGGACCGCCUCGCGGGCGCCUUCGACAACGCGCUCGCGGGUCUCUGCCGCCGCUCGGUCGCGGCCGCGGGCGAGGAGGGCGCCGAGGGGGACCGCGGGCUCGACGCGAGGUGCGUGUCCGUCACGCCGCCCGUCUUCUUCCACCACAAGGCCCGGGGCCGGGUCUCUGGGGACAGCGACAUCCAGGGCGGGGGUGGGGAUGAUGUGCGUGAGAAGGGGACGACGGAGAAUAUCGUGUGGAGUGCCAGGAAUAAUAUCCGGAAUAUGAUCAUGGGGACUGAAAUGGAGAGCCAGUUCUGA